AUGCUGCCGUACAUGCUGCCGACACAGGCUAUCCGCAGCCUGGGCGACGCCAAGCGCGUUUUAAUGACCAUGUCGCAAAAGUACGACAUCGACGAAGUCGUACAGAGCGCGGCUGUCAAGCCCGGCUAUAACGCCGUGUUUGCGCACUGGCGCGCGCGACUCACACCCCGGAAGGAUGCUGGCGGUGCGCGCGCCGUUGACGUGGCGGCCACAUCGACGGCGGCGGCGGCGAUGGGUCCGUUCACGGCGGAGGCGACGGAUAUUCUCAUGUUCAAUCCCGCGAGCGGGAAACUGAAGGCGGUGUUUCAGUUUCGUAAACCGCUGGGCUCUGAUCGGCGGUACGUGCUCACGGACAUCGCCCCGGCCGGCGUGCCCAUCCCGCUCGGCGAGUUGACGCCGCCGCCAACCAUGACUGAGGAAGUAUCGUAG